AUGGAGGCUUCUCCAUCACAAGCUUCAAAUCCAAAAUAUGAAGAUCUAGCAAACAAGAUGGCAGCAUUGUCACAUAAUGAAGAAGAAGAUUUUGAAGUGCCAGAAGAUCUACUUGAGACCACAUCUUCACAUAAAUACUCUCUAGUCAUUACCACUGUCACAAGAAGAGAGGAUGGGAUUAACAUCCUCUACAAUAUGCUUAUCAUAUCUUGGAGACCGUCUGGAAAUAUGGAAAUAUCAAUCUUUGGGAAGGAAAUAUACGUAGUUCACUUCGAACUAGGAUGUGACUACAACACAGUCCUAACCAGAUCACCAUGGGGACUCAAUGAAGAUAUCCUCCUUAUGGAGAUAUGUGAUCCUGACAAGCUGCCAGAAGAGUAUGAAUUCAGAUUUGCAGAUUUCACAGUACAAAUUCAUGGACUACCGAUUAGCUCUCAAACAUCCAAAAUGGUCGAGUUCAUUGCAAGCAAGAUAUUGACUCCUUACCCUAUUAGCUCAACUGAUCGUGCAAAGUGGGGAAGUUUCGCCAGAGUCAGAGUCAAAUUGGAUGUUACAGAAAAACUCAGACAUGAGCUAAAUUUCACUCUACCAUCCAAGAAAAAAAUGCAAGGUCAUGUUAAGCAAUGCCCUGAGUUGUCUAGGGAAUGCGAGAAAAUGGGAUUAUUUUCUCCAGAAACCUUCACGGAGAAGAUGCAGGAUAUGAAAGUUGCAAGACUUACAGAAGAGAUCAAUGUAAACUACAAACCUAAACCCAAUCAUAAUAUGUCAUCAUCAAGAACCUUCAAAGAAACUCAAAGCCACAACAAUAAAGAUGACAACAGUUGCAAUCCUUCCAUAUUGUUCUUGUUUGAAACAAGGCUGAAUGAUUCAAAAAGCAAAAGGAUUUGCAGCUCUCUGAACUACAAGCACUUUGAAUACGUUGUUGCUAUUGGCAGAAGCGGCGUGCUUGCUUUACUUUGGAAUGACACAGUGGACAUAUCUGUAGUUUCAAAAUCUACAAACUGCAUCCAUUGUAUUAUCGAAUCCCAUUUAUCUUUACCAAGAUGGGAGCUUUUCUGUGUAUAUGGGCCUCCAUCUCAACAACAUAGGAAUGGUUUUUGGAGACACAUAAACAAUACUCUAGAAACUGUUGAAGGUGCAUGGUGUAUGAUUGGUGACUUAAAUGCCCUAAUGCACCAACACAAAAAGCAAGGUGGCUCACCAACCACAGAUAUCAGCUGCCAGGAAUUCAGAACUAUGAUAAGGGAAAGAGAUAUUCUUGAUCUUGGGUACGCUGGACCUGCCUUCACUUGGUCUAACAAUUCCACCCAAAACAAUCCAAUCUUUGAGAGAUUAGACAGAGCAAUCUAUAACUCAGAAUGGAGAGUUCUAUUCUCGGAUGCUGCAGUGCUACACCUACCGAGAAUCGAAAGUGAUCACUCCCCCAUAAUUCUCAACACUAUGAGGAAACCACCCAAGAGAAAUCCAAACUACAAGUUUGAGUUUUAUUGGACUGAUCACCCUCAGUUCAAAGAGGUAAUGCAAAAUAGCUGGGACAAUUCUGCAGGAAACACAAUUUCAAGAUUAACAACGUUGGAUAAAGGACUAUGGAAGUGGAGCAGGAAAACUUUUGGAGACACAAGAAGGGAGAUAAAACUUGAGAAACAAAAGUUGAUUGAUCUGAAAUCUUCUUCACACCAGAGAGACACCGGAGAGGAGGAGAAAGACAUAUGUUAUAACAUCAUUACUCUUGAGAAAAGAGACAGAAUAUUUUGGCAAUAA